AUUCGAUUACGUUGACGCUUCUGCGACGCGCUCAUAUUCACCCGUGCUUCAGGCCUGGAAUCGUAACCAUUUCCAGCCCGAGCACAUCCAUUCGUUUGAAACAUCGAUCUCUCUCGCGCUUGACGCAGCUUGAGAGACUUGGACAUCCCCUUCGACUGUCGGCCGGAUCGUCACAUCGUCCUCUCCUUUCUUUCGUUUACAUUCCCAUCCCUCCAUUGGUCGAUUCUCUUUUCUGAACCCAGUUCUGCCUUCUCUUCGGUCAAUCCCUGCAAACAAAAUGUCUUCGACAGACUCCCCUGACCCGUCGACUAUGUCGACUACCCCCACCACCACAGCACCGACCACCUCGUCUUCUGCCGCGUCGACGCCAUCUCCAUCUACAUCCAGUGCCACGACUGCGCCUUCUUCCGCGGCCCGUCGGCCGCAGCGCAAGAGUACCCUGACCCAACAACAGAAGAACAACAAGCGUCAACGGGCGACGCAAGAUCAACUGGUUACCCUGGAGUUGGAAUUCAACAAGAACCCCACCCCGACAGCUGCCACACGCGAAAGGAUCGCCCAGGAGAUCAACAUGACUGAACGGUCUGUUCAGAUUUGGUUCCAGAACAGGCGUGCAAAGAUCAAGAUGCUCGCGAAGAAGAGCAUUGAAACCGGUGAGGGCUGCGAUUCAAUCCCCGAGUCUAUGCGCCAGUAUCUGGCGAUGCAAUUCGACCCCAGCAAGCCCGGCGCAAGAGAUCCGUUUGGCCGCACAGGAGGCUAUGGAGCCGGCGGCGCUUACCCGAGCGAGUCCACUCCAUCUGGAAAAGUUGUGAUUCAUCACUUCACGUGUCGGUCGUUGACCAUCGGUAGCUGGCGGCGCAUUGGGCAGAACGCGAUGGACUUGGUCGUCUUCUACUCCCCCGAAAAAGCCUGCAUGACUUAUUACAUCAACAAUGAUUCUGCAGGAUACAAGAUCGAAUACCCUUUCUCCUACAUCAAGAACAUUACCUUGGAGUCGGGCGACCAAGGACCACAGCCGAAUGGCGCUCCCCCGAGGCCCGGUGGUCUAGUGGUGGAACUGAACCGGCCGCCGCUUUUUUAUAUGGAUUCCUCCAACUCCGGAGGCUUCUACCAGUGCGGCGACUUUACAGAAGACCAGCAGGCUAGUCAGAUCUUGGUGCACCACCUUGGAGGCCAUCCGAAGGUUCUGAGUGUGCAGCUCGCCAAGUUGGUGUCGUUGGAGUCGUUCCAAAACCGCUUGGCAUACAACAACUUCGCCGUGAAUGCGCCCAUGUCUCCGCCUUUCAUCCAACGCCCUGCUUCGCAGCCAAACCAAUUCGCACCUGCGUUCAUGAACAUGAUCCCAGAAACUCAGACUCACUUGAACCUUCAGGUUCCUCGCGGACACAGGCGUCAACGGAGUCGCUCUGUUCCAGUGGCCGUCGACUUUUCUGCCUUGCAAACGCCUCUCGCCUCCUACAACAUGCCACAGACUCCAGUGCAUUUCAACCAUGCGGACUCGAACAUUUUUGCGCCAGUUCCCCAGUCAGCGCAUCCAUUAGCCGCGAACCUGCGGAUUGAUACCUCCGCCGCUUACGGCUUCGACCCCCGCACUCACCCCAUGUCUGCGACAACGGCGACCGCCUCGCCAUCCGACUUCGCUAGUCCCGGGCUUUUCUCCACUGGAGGCCCUGGCGAUUCGACCCCUGUCGCGGCGGGCAUGGGAACCCCCUUUAACCUGCCUUUCGUCUCCCCUCAAGUUGACUCUUCCAACAUGGGAACGCAUUCUGCAUCCCCAUAUUCGACUGUCAGCCACGCCGAUCCUAUGAUUGCGGAUCACUCGCCGCCACUGUCGAACAUGCACGCGUCCCAGGAGAUGUAUGGCAUGAGCAAUGAGCAUCAGCCGAGCUUUGCGGAAGAGGGAAUGCAGAUGAAUGGGAUGUUUCCCAAGCAGAACGUAAACUUCACUGUUCCAACUACCAUGGGCUUCGAAGGAAACACUUUUGAUCUGCCCAUGCAGACCUUGCCCGGUCACACCUCUCCAGGUGUUCAGGGCGACUACCAAAUGACGUCUAUGGAAAACGCCGAUCCGAAUGCAUUCGCCACUGGAUCUUGAACCUUACACAUGUGCCUUGCCGUUCGGUGUGAACGGCUCCUGGUCUUCGCUUCUUUUCUAUGCCGUGUCCAAGUAUCACUUGGCAGGAUGGCAAUUCUUUUCUUUGAUGGGCUUGAUUUUCUUUCACAAGCUCUUCAAAUCACUUUCCAAAUGAUUGG